GAUCAAGUCCCAUUAAAAACUCCAUGAUGUUCACAAGGUAGACUGCUAGAAUAUCAAUCACCUUUUUCAGAAAAAAAUAUUCAGGGAAGACGUCACAUACCUGUAGCGGUAAAUGGAAGUUGUUGCUAUGGUGACUGUAGGAUGCAACAAGCAUGAGUACCUGUUAAGUUCAACAUCGCAUGAGGAGUACUCUGAUGACGAGAUCUCAACCAAGAAAGAGAUGCACUGGAGACUUGGACCAGAGAACCACGACGAUACUGUCCUGUAUGACUUUGAGAUGGCCUGUGAUACCCAGGAGGAGAUACUGGUGAAGUCUGCAGACAAUGGUGUGGCCUGUCUAACACGGACAGACCCUGUGUUGCAUGAUUGGGUGGCGGUGGAGUUCAUCACCCAUGAUGCCCUGUCGAGAUCAAUAUCACCCGAGGAGUACUCCGACGAUGAGAUAUCAACCAAGAAGGCGAUGCAUUGGAGACUUGGACCAGCGGAUCACUGUGAUACUAUUCCCUACACGGGCAACUUGAACCAUAGUGUUGCUGUUCACUUUGACUUUGAUAAUACUGUUCUGUAUGACUUUGACAUGGACCGUGAUACCCAGGAGGAGGAGAUGGUGAAGUCUGCCGAGGAUGAAGUGUCCUGUCGAGCACACAGAUACAGGUUUUGUAGUAUGGAUAGACCCUCUGUUGGCUGAUUGUGGGGUGUGUUGUGGCUGUUUUUAAAAAUAUUUUUUUAAAUAUGUCUAAAUAUCUUUAUGUAUGAAUAAAAUGUAUUAUUAUUUGGGCUUUUUUAUUUAUUAGAUCAAAUCCAGGCAAACUCUUAUUCUAGCAGGUAACCUAAAACAUUUGAUAAGAUUGACAAAUGUAAUAAAAGGUCAUCUCUAAACAUGAUGUACACCUGGAGAUUACCCGAGUACAAGAGACUACCUAGUAAAGCUAUUUUAAAGAUU